CUUUUUUUUGAUUUUGAUCUCGGCUUGAUCUGGCUAGCUAGCUGCGCUGGCCGAUUUGUUGCUGCUUUGUUUGGUGCGACGUGCAAGAAGUGUUCAUGGUUUUGUUGCGAGCAGCUAAGGUCAAGUCAACAAUAUCUUCACCAGCAUCUUUCCCAUUGCCACCAUGGCAGGUUUCAAGCCAGGCCAUCUUGUAUUCGCCAAGAUGAAGGGUUACCCUCAUUGGCCCGCCAGGGUGGAGACACCGAAAGAUGGCGAGAAAGUUCCUGGCAACAAGUUGCCGAUUUUCUUCUUCGGCACUCAUGAAACAGCACACAUGCUUCCAAAGGAAUUAUUCGACUAUGAAAAGUAUAAAUCGAAAUACGGCAAGCCGAUAAAGAGGAAAGGUUUUAGUGAAGCUCUGGAUGAGAUCGCGAACAACCCUCACGUCACUCACACGUUUGUGGCACCCUCUUCACCUGCAGUGCCAUCGACACCCAGCACUGCUGAGAAACAGGCGGCAAAGAAGCGCCGAUCCAGUGCUGCUGCUGAGAGACCGGCAAAGACACCGAAGAAAGCCAAGGACGUCGUGGAGUCUGAGGAAUCGGAUGCCGAUGGCGACGGUAAUGCUGAUGAUGCUGAUAGCAGUGAUGAUGAUGUUGACGAUGCAGAGGAAGAGGAGGGAUUCAUGUCUGAGCCUUCGUCUGAUUCUGAUUCGGCCGAGUCUGAAGAUGAGGACUUUUCAGUCAGCAGUAGCAAGUCCUCUAGUAAACUGAAGACGCCGAAGAGAGCUCCAAGUCGACGUAGCAGCACCACGGCGUCUGCUCGCCAACCGAAGCCCGUCAAGAGAAAGCGCUCGGUGUCGGAUGACGAUGAUGAUGAGCUGAGCGACUCAUCAAGCGGUGACAGUGAUGUCGACAGCGAGGACGAUGACCGGCCAGUAUCUUCGGCACGGUCCACACAAGCAGCGGGGCAAAGGAAACGGGCAAAGCCGAAACCGUCUGGUGAACUGGCCAUGAGCAAGUCACCAUCAGCCAAGUCACCAUCAACUGCUGUGCACAAGUCCUUAGCUGACAGUACUAGUGGUGCAGCCACGGACAAGAACGAUGGGGUUCGCGGCGACGCUGCUGCAAAGUCGUCAAAACUUGCAAAGAUUGCGGCCAUGCGGACUGAGAAAUACCUCAAGGAGCAGGAGGAGAAAAAGGCCAGGCGAGACGAAAAGAGAGCUCACAAGCAAGCCGAGAAGGAGGCCGAGAAAGAGCGUAAGAAGAGCGAGAAGUUAGCGAAGAAGAGGGCUGAGCGUGAACAAGCCGCCAUGCAGUCACACAGCAAUGGCGCUGGUGGCAAUGGUGACGCACCGGCUAAGUCUGAAUCUGCAGCCAAAAAGGAGACACCUGCUAAGCCAUCCAAGCCAAAGUCAGAGACGCCGGCCAGAGUCAAAACCGAAGCCGAGAUUGAGGAAGCCAAGGAAAGGGCGCGACUGCGCAAGGAGAAGGAAGCGGCGAAGGCCAAAGCAGAAGCGGAGCGGAGAGAGCAGGCGCGCCGUGAACAAGAAGCCCGUGAGCGAGAGCGUGAACUUGCCCGGAAAAAGAGAGAGAUGCUGGAGCGCCUGUAUCAGUUGGAGAAGAAGCUGGUCGAGUCGUUGUCUCUGGAGAAGAAGGAUGUCAGUGCUUGUCUUGCGGCUCUUGACGAGCUUGCAGCGAUGGAGAUCACACAGGAUCUACUGCGCCAGCGUAUGAACCUCGUGCAAACCCUGCGCCAGGUCAAGCGUUUCAAAGGCAGUGAAGCCGUUGUGGACCGUGCAACUGCCGUCCUCAACAAGCUGAAGGUCAUUGUCAGUGAAAUGGACGCGUCAGCGCGCGCACAGUUUGCUCAGAAGUUCAAGAAGGAGACACCCAGCAAGCCGCCGUCGCCACCCAAGAUUAAAUCCGAUGACAUGCCAGCUCAGCCUUCCAUUGACAAGACUGCAGUACCCACUGGUGCUGCUGGUGAUGGCACCGAUGCCAGUGCCGCUCCGGCCGCUAGCUCUAAGCCUGCUGAUGUGAUAACUAACACGGCCGACUCUACCAGGUCUAGCCCUCCAUUGGAGACGCAGGAGUCGAUGGUGGUCGAUGACGGCGGUGAAAUGCCCAUGGAUCUCGACACUUCGGCUGAGGCGUCUCCAGCGGAGGAUGCCCAGACAUCGUCGGCUGCUGCACACCGCCGCCGGGCCGUGACGGCAGCAGCAGCUGGUAGAGGCAGCAAGGCAGUGAGUAGCGACGUGUCGCUCAACUCCAGCUCCAAUCAGGACACCACGCCGGCACUGCUGGUCAUGGACGAGCAGGAGUUGCUGAAGAAGGCGCGCCACGAAGAGAUAAUGGAUGUGUCCCAGGACGUGCUUGUUCCCAAGCCGAAGCACGACACGGUUACGCCAUGGUUCCUGCGGCCGGCUCAUGAGGUUGAGGCCGAGCGUCAGCGCAUUGCCGAAGAAGAAGAGCAAGCCCGUCAGAAGGAGAAGGAGGAAGAAGAAGAGAGGCAACGCCGCGAAGCUGAGGAGGAGAUGGAGGACGCGGACGGUGAUGACGACGAUAUGAACGGCCUUAGUCCUUUGCCAGAAGACGAGUUUGAUCCUGACGCUCCUCUCCCGUCCGACCCAGUGGUCCAGCCGAGGCAAGCGCACCAGCAGAAGAAGGCCUCUUCGCCGGAUGACAACAGCAUCUCGCCGGUGCCGUCGGUGUCACCACCAGUAGCUGCAGAGGCAGCAACUCUAUCACCUGUGGCAGCAGCAGCAGGUUCAACAGCAGCAGGGGCCACUCUUGGUGGUAUCAGUGUGCUGACAAACACCUCUGCACCUCCAGUCGUUGCUCCGGCACUGGCACACCAGAAUAGCACCAGCAAAGCCAAGCGGGUGACACCAGGCGUGCACACUGCCAAGAAACCCGCACCGGUGGCUGACGAAGACGAUGCCGACGUCUGGGAUAUGCUGGAGAACAUUGGCUAAGUAUCGUGGCCAGUGUGUGUAUUGAUGCCUGAAUGAUGACCAAGGACGUUUUUCUGUUAUUCCUCUGUAUGGGCGUGUGUAUGUGUGUGUUUAGGCAUGUACUACUACUAGUGAUAUGUGUGUGGUCAUCGCUGGUUCUCUUCGUUUGCUGAACGUAUUUUUUUCUUAUCACGAGCAGCCAUCUUGUUUUGCAUUGCUCCUGUUCUCUCGCUCAUGUUGUCCCUGUUUUUUCUUCUUUUCUUUCUAAUUUUGCUCCCUUCUCUUUGUCUCCCUGAACCUUGUCUCUCAUCUGGCUCUCUGCUGUCUGGCUGCCUUGCUUAUGCAUCUUGCUAAACUAUUCCCCCUUCAUCCCUUCUCCUUUAUUCCAUGCUUAGGGCUCCCCUCUCCAGACCUCCAAUCAGAAGUAUAAAAUAUUAAUUUUUUUAUUUGUCUGUCGCUUAGACGUAUUGUGUCGAUGCGUGCAACGUACAGUCACGGUUUCAGCUAUCAUUGAUUACUUUACUUUGUGUGUGUGCGUGUGUGUGCUUGUCUGUGUGCGUGUGUGUGUGUGUGUUUGUCCGUGUGUCUCUGUGUGUGUGUGUGUGUACAUAUCGGAUUGGCAGUACACUCAUUCUACUUGCCUAUAGCGGUGUGUUUCUUGUAGUCGCUUACGACUACGCCGCCACAAACCUUUUCAACGAAAUCAUCUUUUUUCUGUUCUCGCUUUUCUCUUUCUUCCUUGCCCCUUGUCAGCGCUGCACUGAUAAGGUACUACUAGUAGUAGCAGCAAGAGUAUUAUGAGCUGAUGUACUCUUGGCUAUAGUUCUUGCAUCUUGGUAGAUGUUGACAAGCUGGCCCGUCUUCCGUUUGCGCUUUGUCUUUGUUUUUCAUUGUCACAUUUGUCUUUUAGCUGUCCUCCCCCGAAAAGUACUCCUGCUUUUUA